AUGAUUCGACAAAUCACGAACAGCUUUAUCACAAAGGAAAAAUGUAUGGAACUUUUCUCUAAUAUAACUGUUCCUGCGGAAGCAGGAAACUAUUGCCACGCGACACAUGACGGCAGCUCUUGUUGGCCGCCAACUUUGGCAGGAACACAAGUGAAACAGCCAUGUCCAACAUUACCUGACCUGGAACUGAAUCCGUCCCAGUUUGUAUAUAGACGUUGCGGAUUAGAUGGCGAAUGGUCAGAUAUCACUGAUGCACAUAUCGUUUUUCAGAAGACACUUUAUGAGGAAUGUUUCAUUAAAGGCCCAACUUUAGAGUCGCUAAAUCAGAAUGCAAAAAUAUCGAAUAUUCUUGGCAUAGUAUUGCUGCUCGUCUCUCUGAUAACAAUAUUUGUUGCACUUUUGAUAUAUUAUGUAGUUUUACCAAAAUUCGUAAAUGGAAUUUUACAUGUAAGAGUGCAAAAACACUUGUUUGUGUCUGUCAUAUUUGACGCUACAACAAAAUUGACCAUUCAGAUGCUACUACUUUUCCAGCUGCAGAAAAUUGCAACAGUUGAGAUAACUUUUGCCCACGAAUUCCUUGCCACCUUAAAACAAUAUUCAGACCUAGCAAUGAUUUUGUGGUUAACUAACGAUUCACAUUUUCUACAAGUCAUUUCAAGGUCAGGGCAAAUUUGCAAUUCAGGAUACAUGACUUACAUAGUGAUCGGCUGGGGAUUACCCAUCGUUCCAACAUCCGUCUGGGCCGUUUCCAUGGCAGUGAGUCACAAAGUUAAAGACUGGACAGGUCAUACAGAAUCUCCAUUGAUUUGGAUAAUGGAGAUCCCAAAGCUCUUGGCCCUAUUAACGGCAUUCUCGUUUCUCGGUGUUACAACCUAUCGUGUCUUCGCGAGGACAAAACAUACAAAACACAAAUCACACCUAGACGUACGGAAGAUAAAAUAUGAUAUCUUAAUGUCUGGCAUAUUUUACCUUGUUAUCCUGGUCUCAGUGUUAUUCAUUAUGAUCAUUACGCACGCGCGCAUUAAAUGCAUUUCAUGCUCAUACAUUUCCACAAUCCUGUCUUCUUCACACGGUAUACUGUUGUCGAUAUUGUAUUGUUUUCUCAAUAACAAUGUUCAUGCUUACAUCAAGUAUAGUCAGACAGUGAUACCCACAGCUGCUUAA